UAUCAGUAAUAAAUUUUAUCUCAUGUGGUCGUAGGACAAGCUUUCUGAUUGGGAAACAAGAUUUCACCAGAGUCAUUCUCCACCACACGCUUCUUCUCCUAUUAAACUAGGCUGUGGCCUCGUUGCUGGAUAUGGCGUCCCCGCUUCAAUGCGGCAAGACCGUCACAAGGCUGGGCAGCACCUUCGCCUCAGGCGACAGCCCAGUCUUUGGAGGUUCCCAAAGACUCAAUGCCCUCAGACAAAGUUCCUCCUCGUCCGCUUCCAGGGGAUCCCAGCUCCACGUCUUUGCCAUGGCUCCCAAGAACAAGGUGAACGCCUACGACGAUGACUGGAGCAAGCAAUGGUUUGGCGCGGGGAUCUUCAACGAGGACGCGGAAAAUGAGCCCGUUAACAUCGUGAAGAAGCUGGAAAAGAAGAAGCUACUGAGCCAAGUGGAAAAGGCCGGCCUCUUGUCCAGAGCUGAGAGCGCCGGGAUUAGCCUCUCCCAGAUCGAGAAGCUGGGACUUCUCUCCAAAGCCGAGGAUCUGGGCUUACUGAGCCUCGCGGAGAAUUUUGCGUCUUCGUCCCCUGCUGCUCUGGCCUCCCUUUGCCUGCCUUUGCUCGUCGCUGCCAUUGCCACGAUCGUCUUCGUUCCCGAUGAUUCUACCGUGCUUGUAGUGACGCAGAAUGUGGUAGCAUCCUUCUUCGCAGUUGGAGCUGGAGGCCUGUUUGUAAGUUCGAUCAUACUGAGCGCUCUCCAAGAAGAAUAAAAAGCUAAUGAUAAUGAAAGAGAGUUCUCGUAAGCUUACCUCUGAGGUUGUAAAAGAGCUGGCUUCUUGUUACCUGGAAAAAUCGCUAGUUAAAAUUCA